CAUUAUAUGGUUCAUUUGAAUUUGACAGUAUCUGACGAUUUUUAGCCAAACUGGUAAUAUUUUCACCUGCUCAAAAAUUAAAAAAAAAUUCGGCAUUAUGGACAAGGAGAACAAGGUAUUGGAGGGGUCAAACAAAAAAAAAACCAGACGUCUUUGUAAGAAUUGUAAGAAACGGAAGUCAAAGGGUAAUGGCAAAACUAGGACCAAACAAGCCAAGAAACUUUACAAUCUGGAAGAAAUACUAAAUAAGGAAAGCAAUACUAGGACCAAACAAACUAAGGAAGUGUACAAUCUGGAAGAAAUACUAAAUAAGGAAAGCAAUACUAGGACCAAACAAACUAAGGAAGUGUACAAUCUGGAGGAAUUACUUAAAGAUGACAUAUUCAUUGACACCACAGAGGAGGCAAUAAAACACUUGACAGCUCUCGAAGAAUUCGCCCUUUUGAAUGGAUACUUUGAGGUUCACAAAGUACUAAUGCGUGCCAAACGUGUUAUUGCACUUCCACCCGAUGACGAAGAUUUUGAAUUGAACGAACUACUUAAAAAGAAAAAACCACAAGAUGAGCAGAAAAAUAACAAAUAAUAAAGGUUUAAUAAAUUAAACUUAAAUGAAA